UCACGCCCUCUGAUAAUGCAGCAUGGAGGAUAGAAUGUAACAAAAUGAAGGACUUCGUGGCAAUCGAGGGUCUUUAAAGCGAAGUACAUUAAACUAUUUGUAAUGAUUCACGGUGAUGCACGAUGCCCAUAGUGGACAAGCUGAAGGAGGCCCUGAAACCGGGCCGCAGGGACUCGGGUGAGGAGGGUGACCUGAACAAGCUGCUGGCUGCCUCCGCCAAGAAGGUGCUACUGCAGAAGAUAGAGUUUGAGCCGGCCAGCAAGGGCUUCAACUACCAACUGGAGACGCUCAAGACCAAGUAUGUGCUCCUGAACCCCAAGGGCGACGGUGUGGUGGUCCAGAGGCCCGCUGAACCCGCUCCGAUAAAACGGCAGGGGUCAGAAGGCCUUGGCGGAGGCCAGGGCGACGGCAUCCCCGCACCGCAGAAGCUGCUCUUCCCAGGGAACAAGCUCUCCAUGAAGUGGGAGCGGGUGUACCGGGUUGGAGCAGGCCUCCACAACCUGGGAAACACCUGCUUCCUCAACUCUACCGUGCAGUGUCUCACUUACACACCACCACUGGCCAACUACCUGCUGUCCAAGGAGCACAGCCGUGCCUGUCACCAGUCAGGCUUCUGUAUGAUCUGCGUCAUGCAGAACCAUAUCAUCCAGGCCUUCGCCAACACAGGCAACGCCAUCAAGCCUGUGUCCUUCAUCCGCGACCUGAAAAAAAUUGCCCGGCACUUUCGCUUUGGAAGCCAGGAGGACGCUCACGAGUUUCUGCGCUACACCAUCGACGCCAUGCAGAAAGCAUGUCUUAAUGGAUACCCAAAGCUGGACAGGCAGACACAGGCCACCACACUGGUGCAUCAAAUCUUCGGCGGUUACUUGAGGUCCAGAGUGAAGUGUUCUAUUUGUAAAAGUGUGUCAGACACAUAUGACCCCUACCUGGACAUAGCAGUGGAAAUCCGGCAAGCAGUUAACAUCGUUCGAGCUCUAGAACUCUUCGUCAAGCCUGACGUCCUGAGCGGCGAGAACGCCUACAUGUGUGCCAAGUGUAUGAAGAAAGUGCCAGCGACAAAGCGGUUCACGGUCCAUCGAGCAUCGAAUGUGCUCACACUGUCCCUUAAACGGUUCGCCAACUUCAGUGGGGGAAAGAUCACCAAGGAUGUUGGCUACCCAGAAUUCCUGAACCUUCGUCCGUACAUGUCUCAGAGCUCAGGAGACCCAGUGAUGUAUGGCCUCUAUGCGGUCCUAGUGCAUUCUGGGUACAGCUGCCAUGCUGGUCACUACUACUGCUAUGUCAAGGCCAGCAAUGGGCAGUGGUACCAGAUGAACGACUCGAUGGUUCAUUCCAGUAACAUCAAGGUGGUGCUGAAUCAGCAGGCCUACGUUCUCUUUUACCUGAGGAUCCCUGAAAAAAAGAACACAGAUGGUCCAAACGUCAAGCAGAACGUGAUGCAUUCGGCGAGAAGUCAUGUGACCCCUGAGCAAGUGAAGAAAACUCUGCUGAACGGGCCAUUGUCUUCUCCCCAAGUGAUGAAGAAGCUGGACACGGCACAGCUGAGGAAGAUCCAGUCUGUGGAUAGUGGUCUCGGCAUGCCAGUGUCCCGAAAUGGCUCGGGGAUUCAGUCGCCCAAGAUGGCCAACGGCACGCCCGUCCCGCCCAGGACGUCCGCCGGCCCCACGACCAUCGAUGAGCCCUUGAAGAAGCCGAAGAAGCCUGUGUCUCAGCCCCAGGCCCGUGCCAAUGCGCCCGUCUCAAACGGGCUCACCAAGCCCGACCCCGACAGGAAGAGCAUCGGCGAGGGCCGCAGACUUGCGCCGUCUACCUCACUUAAGUCCCUGUCUGACUCCUCGUCUGUGGACGUCUCCUCCGAGUCCAAGGAGUCGAAUGGCAGUAGGAGCGCUCCUGUGGGAGAUGUGUCCGUCCCCGGCCGGAAUGCUGUGAACGGCACCUCCUCCCCGGCCAAAAGCGCAGAUCGGGGUGCUGCGGAGGACACAAAGUCGACGAAACUGAAGCCCCCGGCCCUCACCAACAUUACGCUUGAACCCACCAGCACCAUGUCGCCCCCUCCUGCCAAGAGGCUGGCCCUGUCCGCCAAGAAGGCCAGGCCCAGCCGGAGCCCGAGCAGCAGCAGCCCUGAGGCUCCGCCUUCCUCAUCGCAUCAUCAGUCCCGUGACCCCACCCAUCCAGCUCAGCUUCAUCUGCCUCCCCCUGCCACACCUCCCCAGCACCACAGGGUUCCAUUCCAUCCACCCAAGCUGCAGCCUCCACCAACCAGUCAUCUCUUUAAAAACGCAAGUCCUCUCAAAGAGCCCUCUAAUGCCUCAAAGAAUCCCAUGCGCUCUCCGUCAGUUGACGGGAUUCAACCCCACCCUUCCAGUGGCCCUAAACCAAUUCCAAGUCAGCAGUCCUUAGGUUCUGGCACAGUAUUGGCCGAGGAACCCGUCUGUCCCAGUGUGAAGAAGAAGAAGAAAAAGAAGAAGAAGCGGCGGUGGUCUGAGGGCGAGGCGGCCGGCGGCGGCGAGCCGAUUACCACCAACCUGACAGCAGAGCUGGAGUACAGCUGCGAGAAGAGGAACAAGAGGAAGAAGAGGAAGAGGGCGAGGGAGGAGGAAGCCAAAGGCCUCGACCCUCGGGGAGAGGCCGUGUCAUCACACCUUAAGGCACUCCCUCCCAAUGAAGACUGGGGCCUCUCGGAGCUGUGGAGCGUUAGUCCGGAUGCUAAAGGCAGUGCAGGGUGGGCCAAAAAGCAGCCCGAAGUAUCUGCAGAGUCUCGGCCACCUCACCCCGGGGCUCAGCUUCAGCCACCGCCUGUCCCACCACAGCCAGAGGCUGGAGGAGGCCAGCAAGACUGCGCCCCAAAAAAGAGCAAGAAGAAGAAGCUCAGAGAACAGCUGGAUGAGCCCAAGAGCAAACUUGGCAUCUCCAGCAGUAGCGCCAAGCUGAAUAACGUGACGCCGCCUGACAAGGAGCUGAAGAAGAAAGCUAAGAAAAGGAAAAGAGAGGAUGCACAGAGUAAAGGACCCAGUGGCACUCCCGAGGACCCUAGUGGUGAUGAGCAGCCCUGUCACACCAAUGACGCUGAGACAGGGAAGGCCUGCAAAGCAAGUACAGCUGCAGUGGUAGUCUGGGACGGUCAGGUUCGGGAUGGCUGCAAGAGGGGCAAGGCCUUGUGUGAGUCAGAGGAGGUGGCCAGGAGCGGUCCUCGUCCUGCCCCCGUGGCCUGGGAUGGCAGGAAAAGCUCCAGUGUGGUGGAAGAGCUCCUCAAGAACGCCACAGAUAAAGCAUAUGGAGCUGAAGUGCUCACUUGGGAGGGAGAGCAUUCUGCAGUCAGUAGAGAUGCCAUCGAGGACACAGCCAGCUCCAAGCACCACACAGUCAUCGAUGAGUGGGACGAAGAGUUCGACCGCGGCAAGGUGAAGAAAAUGAAGUUCAGGAGAGAGAGAAAGAGAAGCGUCAAUGUCUUCCAGAAGAUCCAGGACCACCGCAACAUGUGGUCCGUCACCCCCGGAGGAAGGCGGAGCAGUCUCGGAUAUCGCUACUGAUACUGACAGUUUCGAGAUGGUGAUCUUGUGUGUGCGCUCCUGGGCUAGACCGCUCAACUUGUUGGACAAGGAUCUGCAUGGUUUCCCCAAGAAUGUUCUGGAGUAUCUAGUGCACCAUCUGAAGCACUGUGAAGCAAUAGGCUGGCUGGGGGCGAGGCUGGGUGUAGGGCAGGGGUUGGGGGGCAGGGCCAGGGGUGGCUUUGGGCAUCUCUUGGUUUCAGGUUUUGAAAUCUGAACCCACUCUGUGUUCGUUGUGGCAUUGGGUUCUAAUCAGCGUAAUAAAUGGCCUUAGCCACACUGGUCCGCGUUAAUGGUUUAAUGUCUGUGACGAGAGCUACUGCCCUACAGAACCUACACCGGUAUGGAUCAGGACAGACACAUUGUAAAAUGAACACUGACACACACUGCAAGGCAAUGGGGCCACUCUGGGUUAGCGGCCCACUGAUCCAGAAACCACUCUAUCAUACUGCCUCCCACGGAAGCUAAACCAUAUUCUCAGAAUGAAAUUGUAUUUUAGUUCUAUUUUUCCUUCUUAAAGACUUUUUAGGUGUGGUGGUGUUUUUUUUGUUUUGUUUGUUUGUUGUUUUUUUAAGUACAACACUGGACAUUUAGGAGACCAUGGCCCAGGUUAUAAGAGAGGCUAGUUUAAUUCAGCCCUCAAAUAGCUGAUCUGAGUAAUGAUCAUGCCAGACAUGUGAAGCCAGGAUCCAUGCUGUGUAGUUCCAGUGGUGGCGCUCUGAACACUGCGCUUGUGCUGGCUUUUUGUUUUAUUUUUUUUAUUUCUUUAUUUUUUCAGACUUUGUGACAGUUCUGCACCAAAUGGAAUGUUCGGCAUUGAAAUGUAACAGCCAGCCUUGUUCAGAGCAGUGGCCUUAGCGUCACGUCAAGCCCCUGAGUGUUUUACUGUGAGUUUACAGCAUUCGUUCAGCAAGCAUAUUAUGACAAUAUGCUUGCAACCUUUAUGCAACCUUUAUGGGAGCAACCUUUAUGGGAUAGUCGCUUAUGUUUUUGUUUAUGUCCGUUCCCUCUAAGAGCAAUGCAUACCCAAAGGUUACACAUUUAAUGCACCUUUUAUUGGGUCUCCCCUCAGAUGGGGUAAACGGUUGGUCUGUCUGCACCGUGAGCGAGACGCGCAUCAGGGACAGUACACCUUGCGAACAAGCGUCCGCCCGUUUCACUGAGAGGGGCUGCGCUCCGGCCCCCGGACUUCUGCAGGGAAGGUCGGAGUGCAAAUCCCACAUCACACGUUGAUGCCAGUGUUCCUACUCUCUAUGCAAGUGUCACAGGCCCCAUCUGCUACUGGGGUUCCCCUCUGGAGGUCCACCUGCAGAAGCUGACUGUGGGAGAAUGUCGCACCUCUGUCUUCUACGCAACCUCCUGAGCAGCCUGAGCUAUGCCCCCCCUUCACCCUGUCAUCUUCAGCAGUCAUUCAUGAUGCAGAGAUUAAAAUGUCUCUGGAACUGUACUAUAAUGCUUUGGGACAAAAUAAUUUUACUACAGAUAUUUGACCACGGACAAAUAGUUAGUGAGAGUAAGACUUGACGUUUCCCUGAAAUAGAACAUCGUACAGUCCCACUUGUGUUCUGUGUGACUUCCUAGUGUCCUAGUAGUCAAGAAUGAUUUCCCCUUGAUGAUACUUCCAUUUUAGAAAAGUUGCCUUGAAUUGAUUUUGCAAAAUAAUAAUAUCUCUGAAGUUACUUUAGAAUGUAAAAGAAAUGCAUUUUAAGAGUCACAAAUGAAACCUUAUAUAUUUAAGGGUAGUUGAAGAGGAAAAGCUUCUCAGCGGAUAGAUGUGUGAAUGUUGCGCAAGAGAGCGCGUGCUCUUCUCAAGCCAGACUUUUAUAUUUUGUGAUGGGUGGUACGUGACGUCAGAGGGCGCAAAAAAAAAA